AUGGCCGACCCUUUCGAGGUGCGCAUGCGCUUCACCAACCAACUCCGACAACUAAGUGCCUCGGUGACAUCCUCGCAAAAAGCAGCCCAGUAUGCUCUUCGGCACAAGGACUUGGCCGAGGACUUGCACUCUUGCAUUUUGGAGCAACUUGAAAGGAGCAACCUAAACAUGCGAGCCAACAUCAUGUACUUCAUCGAGCACUUUCUCGAUAUGGCCCACAAGGACGGACAGGAGGAUUACAUCCGCAUGAUGCAGCGGGACAUUAUUCGGGUGGUCGAUGCCGUGGCGCCGGAUGACGGGUCGGGGGCGGCUAAUGUCAAGGUUGUGCGGAAGGUCCUCCAAGCCCUCCACGCCAAAUCCUUCCUCGACGCCACCAUCCUAACCGACAUCUUUGAAGUCCUCCGCGAACGUGGCGAAUCCUACGUUUCUUCCCAAGGGGACUUGGUUCUCUCCCCAUCUGCCAACAAUUCCUCUUUGUCAGGCUAUGACGCCAACAUGCCCCCCUCGCAAACCGCCAUCCACGCUCCCCCACCUCCUACAGCCACCACCGCCGGCCCUUCCACCCAUGGCUCCGCCAAAGCCACAGCCACAGCCAACAACAACAACAACAACACCACAGCCGGCACCUCCUCUUCCAGUCACCACAGCAACUUGAACAAACGCGGCGGAGGCAUCAACACAGCCGCCCCCCGCCUCGACAAGAAACAAGUUGAGCAGCGCAUCGAAGAGGACCGCGAGAGGCACAAGAGACUUAGGGAGAAUAUCUGGGCGGUGCCGAGCAGGGAGGAGAUGGAGCGGUUGCUGGACGAGACGUCGGAGCUAGGCGAGGACGAUAUGAGGGGGGAUGUGGGAGGAGCAGGAGGAGUGGGAGAGGAGCUUGCAGGCGGGGAUUACGGGGGCGCCGAAAUCGCCGAAAUGACAAGGAGGAAAGAACUGCUGCUGCAGCAGCAGCAGCAACAGCAGGAAAGAGAACAGCAGGACAAUGACAAGGACAAGGAGGAUCAAGAUGUUGACAUGACUUCAGCCUAG